AAAACGCCUGCCUCCGACCACCCCCAGAUCAUCUUACAAUUAGCCGAAGAAAACUUGAGCCGGUCGAUGGCGUGACGCCAGUCAACAUAUACACCGACACCGCACGCAACCGCGUCGCCACCUCUUGACUACACGAUCCGGUCGAUGCUUGAUUCUACAAACAUUGCGACGCAUAUUCUCUUAAUAAUUAAUAUCACUGCGAAAAAACGCCGGCGAUUGGCAAUUCUGCGGCCCCAAAUCCAAACGCGGCUCUACAGCCACCACAGCUACCGCCACAGUAAGUGAAGAUAAAGGAAGAAGCUAUAACAAUAUGAAAGCCCUAACAGAAGAAGCGGAAAAGGCUGGAAUCGAAUUGGGGAAGACGGAUUUAGCACCUGGAGGGAAAAAUACGACGAAGAAGAAAGUGAAGAUUGUAAAGAAGAUCGUGAAGAAAAAGAUUAUUAGAAAGGUACCAAAGCGUGUGCUAGUUGCAUCCCAUUGUAAUGAAAUAGAAAAAGUUGCGAGUCCUAACCCUAAUGAUAAUUCUCCAAUGGAAUUGGAAGCUGAAGCAUUUGUUUCGGUGGAAAUUGAAAAGCCUAAUCUUGUUGUUAACGACUCAACAGAAGUUGAGGCUAUGAAGGAGUUUGAGGUUAGUAAUAAGAAGGACGUUCGUUUGGUUGAAAACAAUGAUUGUUGCAGGGAUGAAAGCCAGAUGAGUGGUUUGGUAUCUGCAUCCCUUUUGGGUGAUCAGAACCAAAUUGAAUUACACGAUAGUGUGCAUACCAUCGACAACAUGGAUGCAGAAGAACAUGCAGGCGAGGAGGGUGUGAAGGGGCAGGAUGAGAAGAUUUUCAAAUUGGAUGUUGGGGUAAGUGAGGACACAAAGGUAGAGGAAAAUGUGAAGGAGCACACAGAGAGGAGUGAAUGUGGUGAUGCUAAUGCUAACCUUGCAGGUGGUUUAAGUAAUGGUGUCAAGGGAGAAGAGGACAUGGAGAAGCAGGUUGACAAUAGAGAACAUAUUGAUUUGAAACUGAGUGAUGCUGUUGAGCCUGAGGAGGGAAUGAAGGAGGUAGUGAAUAAUGAAACUGAUGGUUUAAAAUCACAAGGUUCAAGUGAGAAACAAGUAAUGAGUGGAGAAAUGGUAGCAUCCAGGUUGAAUAUGAAGCACAGGACAAAGGUUUUUAUCCAUGGUUUUGACAAGGAGACAAAGGAGGAAGAUAUUAGAAAAGUUUUUGAGGAGGUUGGGGAGGUUGUUGAAGUGAGGUUAAUAACAAAUUUUAGAUCAGGGAAAAGCAGGGGUUGUGGCUUUAUCAAGUAUGCUUCAGCAGACCUUGCCAGAUUGGCUCUGAACAAAUACAACACUGUUGAGAUUCGUGGAAGACUAUGUCACACAGCUGCUGUUGAUGGGAGUGACACUAUCUUACUCAACAACAUCAACAAAAACUGGAACAAUGAACAUGUCCUCACAUUAUUACAUAAAGUUGGCAUCAAGAACAUAGAUGAAGUCUCAGUUGUAUCCGACCCUAAAAACCCCAACCUAAACCUAGGUUUUGCCUAUCUUGAACUUGAAACAAAAAGAGAUGCACAAGUCGUUUUCAAUAAACUUCAAAACAAAAAUAUUUUCGGGGCCCACUCAAAUAUAAAAGUCACAUGGGCCCACCUAUCAGCUGAUCCAGUCAAAGAAGAAAUACAUAACAACAACAACAAUAAUAAUAAUAAUAGUAAAUCUGUAUAUGCUGAAAAUAUACCUUCUACAUGGGGAGAAAAGGAAGUGAAGGGCCAUUUUGGAAAAUUUGGUGAAAUCGAAAGCAUUGCACUUGCGAAAAAUAUCCGGUCAACUACCAGAAACGACUUUGCGUUUAUUAAUUACAAGAAAUGUGAAGGUGCACUUUCGUGUAUCGAGGCGUUGACUUGUAAAAAGUCAACGGGUGAUGAUGGCUUAAAGGUUUCUCUUUCAAAGUCGAUGCCAAAAGUCAAACCAAUCAAUACCAUCUCAGGGUCAGGGUCAACUGUUACCGAGGUGAAGCAAAAAGCUUACCUCAGGCCACACAACAAACCUCAAAACAUGAAAAUUUCAAGCAUUAGCAGACAUGAUGAAGAUGGUAGAAAAAAGGGAGAAUCUUCUUCAACUACUGAUGAACUUGUAAAGCUUUUGAGGGAGCAAGCAUCUUGGAAGCAUGGUGGACCAAGUUUGACUUUGACCCCAGGCAUGAACCCUGGUCAUCAUCAUCAUCAUCAACAUCAACAUCAACAUCAACAUCAACCCUCAUUUGGAUUUGGAGGAAAGCAACCGUUUACACAACAAGCGGGAAGCAAAUCAUUAUAUCAUGAUCCCCAAUCAAUACCAUAUUCAUACCACCAAACUCAUCUUCAAAUCCCUAAUGCUGCUGCUGCUGCUACUACACAUCCCAGAUUUACAAGCAGACCAGCAACAGAUGGUGUUGCCAUGCCCAUGACAUCGUUCCCUCAUAUUGAUCCACAACAUGCUCAUUACACAUCUGGAUCAUUUAAUGUGAACCCUGUUCCUAGGUACUUCCAGACAAGAGACCAAACUACUUAUCAUGGAAGUAGUAGUAGCAGCAGCAGCAUAUAUCGGCAAAUGCAUUAGUUGACUUGUUGGCUGCUAAGGUGUCUACAGAGUCCCCAUUAGUUUUUUGGUGUUGGAAAUUACAUUUAAGCCCUUUGUAAAUUCACCCCAACUGUAAAAAAAGUGUUUAUGAUGUUAUACUUAUAAAUCUGAUAAGUGGUUGUUAAGGUCUUGAUAUUUCAAUCUUUUUUUUUUCUUGGU